CAUUAAAUUAAGAUAUUAGCUGCACUAGAUCGAGCGAGCACUACACUACACAUAUAUAGAAUUUAUUUAUAUUAACAAUUACAGUAAUAUGGAAGAAUCAAGGUUGGAGAUGGAGUUGCCCGGAUUCCGGUUUCACCCCACCGAAGAAGAGCUUCUUGAUUUUUACCUUAAAAACAUGGUUUUGGGCAAGAAGUUGCGCCACAACAUCAUCACUUGUCUUAACAUUUACCGUUAUGAUCCUUGGGACUUGCCAGGACAUGCAAAUAAUGUUGGCGAGAGAGAAUGGUACUUCUUCGUGGCAAGGGACACAAGGCAUGGCAGUGGAGGGAGGCCAAACAGGACUACUGAGAAGGGUUUCUGGAAGGCGACGGGUUCAGACAGGAAGAUUUUUAGCUUAUCACACCCCCCCAACAGGAUGAUAGGACUAAAGAAGACAUUGGUGUUCUAUCAAGGAAGAGCACCCCGCGGAUGCAAGACUGAUUGGGUCAUGAACGAAUACCGAUUACCCGAUGCAUUACUACCACCAUCCUCCUCUGCCAAGAACAUUGUGCUUUGCAAAAUAUACAGGAAGGCAACCUCAAUUAAGGUGUUGGAGCAGAGGGCUGCUAUGGAAGAUGAGAUUAAUAAUACACUAGUCCAUAAUGCCUCUCCAUCAUUCAUCACCAUAGAUAGUGAUCAUCAUCAUCAUGACUUGGUGGCCCAAAGCUUCCUCACGGUCACAAUGAAUAACAACAACAAGGAUGAUGAUGAUGAUGAUGGUGAGUAUAGUACAGGCGCCAUGUUGACAGUUGAUGAUGAGAAAGCAGCAGCAGCAGAAGGUGAAUUUAGCACAUCGUCACUACUUCUGAGCUUGCAAAGUGGGGAGGAGGUAAAAGUAAAACCCCUCCCAACUAAACUUGAAUUGCCAAAGUCGUCCACAGACUACUGGGCUUCCCACUUACAGGAUCCCUUCUGGGCUCAGCUCCGUAGCCCUUGCCUUCUUAAUGACUUGAUAGCUCUCACUCCAUUACCCCCCAAUCUUCACAAUUUCUAGUCCAUUUUUCAAUUCAUUUACCUGCACCACCACCGCACUACAUACUGUUCUUUUUUUCUUCCAAAUUUGUGUAUGUAUAACGUACAAGUAGAGAAAUAUAACCAACCAUGCAUAUAUGCUGAGGAAUUGAUGGAGUUACACUAAUUAUAUUCCAUUCCGUAGUAUGUAAUUGUAAUUCAAUUCAGAUAUCAAUGCAGUACGUACUUCAAUUC